CUGUCUGAGUGUUGUCUGUUUGUCUGAAUGUUGAACGUUGUCUGUUUGCGCGCCUGAUAAUCUGUCUGAGUCAGUGGAUCGGGAGGGGCUGACGGGCCCAGACUCCGCCACUGCGAACCUGGAAGACGUUCCACGGUCUGAGACCCCCCGGGGGCACGGUCUGAAGUCCCCACAGGGGCACGGUUUUUUGGGGCCACUCACGUAUCAGAGGGAUACGUUGUGUUGGUUGGAGAAGAGGGGGCUGGACCCCCGCAGUCUCCUUCUGAGGUUUUGCUUUCGGUUUGGAACCGAAGCCGCGCAGCGCGUGUUAGUCUUAUUUGUAUUGGUCUGUCGUUCCUUGUUUUCUGUUUAACCGUUCUCCUCCUAGAAACAGCCAUGGGACAGACUGUCACCACCCCCUUGAGCCUCACGCUUGACCACUGGUCAGACGUGAAGACACGAGCCAACAACGAGGGGGUCGUAAUCAAGAAGAAGAAAUGGAUCACUCUUUGCGAGGCCGAUUGGGUCAGAAUGGAUGUAGGAUGGCCUCGCGAGGGAACCUUUAACCUCAGUCUUAUUUCACAGGUAGAGGGAAAAGUUUUCGCUCCGAGUCCCCAUGGCCACCGGGACCAGGUCCCAUACAUUGCCAUGUGGAGACUCCUGACAACAGAACCUCCCCCAUGGGUUAAGCCGUUUCUCUUCCCCCCAGCCCCCCGGCAGCAGCAGCAGCGCUCGCCGAAUCUCGGGGCCGAGGAAGCCAGAUCGGCGGAUCCCUCCCACUCCCUGUUCCUCCCAAACCCCACACCAGCAAGUCUUUUCCUCUCCCCGCGGCCCGCCGCUCCAGCGCAAGCGGGCGCGCAGGCGGCGGGCGGGGGAUGUGGGAACGCGCAAGCGGGCGCGCAGGCGGCGGGCGGGGGAUGUGGGAACGCGCAAGCGGGCGCGCAGGCGGCGGGCGGGGGAUGUGGGAACGCGCAAGCGGGCGCGCAGGCGGCGGGCGGGGGAUGUGGGAACGUGCAAGCGGGCGCGCAGGCGGCGGGCGGGGGAUGUGGGAACGCGCAAGCGGGCGCACAGGCGGCGGGUGCACAGGCGGGCGCGCAGAUGUGGGAACGCGCAAGCGGGCGCACAGGCGGCGGGUGCACAGGCGGGCGCGCAGGCGGGCGCGCAGGCGGGUGCGGGAUAUGGAAACGCGCAAGCGGAUGCGCAGGCGGCCGCAGGAUAUGGCACCGGUGCUCAGGCGGGCCCGGGACGGGAUCGGCGGGGGACGGCUCCCCAGCCGGCGAAGGGCCACUGCCGAGCGCACUUCCUCCACUAUGGCACUGUGCUGGGACCAGCUUAGGGACGGCUGGGGAGGCCCGGUUUGGAGAGGGGGGCUUGGGAGGGACGGCGCCACCCGCGAGCGCCAAACCACCGCUCCCUCCCGCCCCUCCUACCUCCUCCCUUUACCCUGUUCUCCCACGAAAGGAUUCCCCUAAGGUUCGUCCUCCCCCAGACCCCAAUUCACCUCUUAUUGACCUCCUGACAGAGGACCCACCACCAUACCCAGGGAAUCGGGUGCCGGAGGGACCAGCGGCCCCUACAAUGGCACCAGAGGGACCGACUGCCCCCGCAGAGGCGCCUGAACAGCCUCUAAGGAGAGAGAGAGAAGAUGAGACUCCAGCUCCCUCCCCAAUUGCCGGUCGCCUACGAGGAAAGCGCGACGAGCCAGCCAAGGAGUCCAGAGCCUUUCCCCUUAGGGAAGGUCCUAAUCACCAGCUCCAAUACUGGCCAUUCUCAGCCUCUGACCUCUACAACUGGAAACAACAUAACCCUCCUUUCUCUAAGGACCCUGUUGCCUUGACUAACCUGAUUGAGUCCAUUUUAGUGACCCACAAGCCCACUUGGGAAGAUUGUCAGCAGUUACUGCAGACACUCCUGACGGUGGAGGAAAAACAGCGGGUCUUCCUGGAGGCUCGGAAGCAGGUUCCAGGAGACGAUGGAAGACCCACCCAAUUGCCUAAUAUCAUUGACGCAGCCUUUCCCCUCACCCGCCCGAACUGGGACUUCGCGACCCCGGAAGGUAGGGAGCACCUACGUCUCUAUCGCCAGUUGCUCUUGGCGGGUCUCCGAGGGGCGGCUAGACGUCCUACCAAUCUGGCCCAGGUUAGGAAUGUGACCCAGGGAAAGGAAGAAACGCCGGCAGCGUUCUUAGAAAGGCUUAGAGAGGCAUAUAGGAUGUAUACCCCGUACGAUCCGGAAGAUCCAGGACAGGCGCCGGGUGUCAUCCUGUCUUUCAUAUAUCAGUCAAGUCCAGAUAUAAGGGCCAAGUUACAGAGACUGGAAGGAUUGCAUUCACUCAGCUUGUCAGAUUUAUUGAGAGAGGCAGAAAAAGUGUUUAAUAAGAGAGAAACUCCCGAAGAGCGGGAGGAGAGGUUAUGGCAGAGACAGGAAGAGAGAGAUAAAAAGCGUCAUAGGGAAAUAACUAAAGUCCUGGCCACUGUAGUGUCUCAGGGACAGAUCAGUGAGGGAGUUAGGACAAAAGAUCGAAGAAGGACAUCGCUUGACAAAGACCAGUGUGCUUACUGUAAAAAGAGAGGACAUUGGGCUCGUGAAUGCCCAAAGAAGCAAGCUCAAGGGUCUCGGAGACCUAAGUCAAGGGCCACGGACCUCCUCAAUCUGGAGGAUUAGGGAGGUCAAGGCCAGGAGCCCCCCCCUGAGCCUAGGAUAACUCUCAAGAUUGGGGGGCAGCCAGUGACCUUCCUGGUGGACACCGGGGCUCAACAUUCAGUCCUGACCCAUACCGGAGGCUCUCUCAGUGACCGCACAGCUUUGGUCCAGGGGGCCACAGGUAGCAGGAGGUAUCGAUGGACCACCGAGAGAAAGGUUCAGCUGGCAUCUGGACAGGUAACCCACUCUUUUUUGCAUAUACCUGACUGCCCUCACCCAUUAUUGGGCCGAGACCUAUUGACUAAGCUCAAGGCUCAGAUCUAUUUUGAUGAUAAAGGGUCGACCGUUACAGGACCCAAAGGGACCCCCUACAAGUCCUAGCCCUAAAACUGGAAGAGGAAUACCGCCUGUUUGAAUCUGAGCCCUCUAAGGGGCCACUACAAGAAAUGCAGGACUGGUUGAGGGAAUUUCCCUCGGCAUGGGCAGAGACUGGCGGCUUGGGGCUGGCUCACGACCAACCCCCACUUGUUAUUCAGUUAAAAGCCUCCGCCACUCCAGUUUUCAAUCAGACAGUAUCCUAUGUCUCGGGAAGCCCACGAGGGCAUUAAACCACACAUCCGGAGGCUUUUGGACCAGGGAGUACUUGUGCCCUGCCGAUCACCUUGGAAUACCCCCCUCCUGCCUGUAAAAAAACCUGGGACAGGGGAUUACAGACCAGUUCAAGACCUGAGGGAGGUUAAUAAACGGGUUGAAGAUAUACACCCCACGGUGCCAAACCCUUACAACCUCCUCAGCACUCUUCCACCAACCCAUGUUUGGUAUACGAUACUGGACUUGAAGGAUGCCUUCUUCUGUCUGAGAUUGCACCCCCAGAGCCAACUGCUGUUCGCUUUUGAAUGGAGAGACCCAGAGAUGGGACUUUCAGGACAGUUGACCUGGACUCGGCUCCCCCAGGGGUUUAAAAACAGCCCAACUCUCUUUGAUGAAGCCUUACACUCAGACCUAGCUGAAUUCCGGGUUGAACACCCGGCCUUAAUCUUGCUCCAAUAUGUGGACGACCUCCUCCUAGCAGCCAGAACCCAGGCUGAAUGUCUGAGAGGCACUCGGGCCCUUUUGACUAAACUGGGACAGAAGGGCUAUCGGGCUU